UAAUGAAUCAAAAGCCAAACUUGACUUGUUAAAAGCAUCCGGCUUUCGAAUUUGCAAUUACCAAAAUAUGCAAGGAGACUUAUCUAUAAAUGAGUGGGACAUUAUCAUAGUACAGGUUGAAAGUCUUUUUCGUGUCGAAUUCACAGCCUGUCCCUUUGUGGCUAUUCUUGAUGAGGCCAAUGUUAUCAUGCGCCAAAUGUCUAGCGGUACAAAUGCACGAAAAUCUGAGAAUGCAUUAUCAUUCCUUAAGACAUAUCGUGGUGAAGACAUUCGUAUAAUUGAUAAUAGAUACCAGCCUCGUGUGGGUGAGACGGUUGAAAUUCUUUAUGAUCCGAAUAGUGAAGCUGAAGCCAUGAGAAUAGGAUAUGAGUUUUUAAGGCAAGGUAAGCGUGUAGCAUUUGUAUCUACUGGAGCAGUGAUGGCUAGAGCGUUAGUAGAAAAAGCAUCUAAGUUAUCUAAACUUGAUAAUUCGCCUGUUAGAGCCCGUGCAUAUUAUGGAGAUAUGGAUGGGAAACAGCGACAAAAAGACUUUUCUGAUAUUAAUGUUGCUUGGAGCAAGCUUGACUGUAUAGCUUAUACAAAUACAGUGGAGGUGGGAAUAUCAUUCGAGGUUACAGGCCACUUUGAUAUAGUCAUAGCCAUUACAAAUAUUGCCACCCCAGUUCAUGUUGAGGCUCUUGUACAAAUGCUUUAUCGAAUUCAUGACUGUCCUUGUCCAGAACUAGCAAAUGCUCAGCCUAAUAAUUUACCUACAUCAAUAAAAGGCCACUAUGAAUGGGAUAGCAACGCCGUUUCUUAUAAAAUCGAUGAAUCUCCUGCUGUAAUAACAUUCAUUGAAGUUGAGCAUCAGAAACGCCUUUCUGCAAGAUAUUUUAUUGAGAAGCUUUGCAGUCUUAUAGCCAGUACUGGUGCUUCUCUCCAACUAAUAAAAAUGGAUGAGAGCCGAGGAGUUAUAGGAAAUCACAAAAAAGUCCGCAAUGAGGUUAGGGUUGAAGCACUAGUUAUUAAGAAAACAGAUUUUGAUGCGGUUGCUAUUUCCCGGAAUCUUGAUCCUGAAGAAGCUGAAAAUCUUAAGUUUGAUCAAGAGCGCUCUAUCCCAGAUACUAUGGCACUUAAACGUUUCUAUAUGCGAAAUAUUUAUG